CCUUGCUGUUGCUAAGACACUCUUGUUUCCCUCCUUGACAACCCUGGCGGGGGUGCACUCGCUGAGGCCCUGGCUCCGGCCCCCGCGGGAGCAGCACCCCUUGGGGAAAGACAUUUUCUGCUCCCACCAAGCUGGCUGGGCCUGCUUCCUGAAUCUCCUGGGUGUGUCUUAAUUACCAGUCCCAGCACCUCCUGAAAGCCCCACUCUCUCCUCCUGGUCACAGAGGAAGGAUCAUGGGAGAAACAGAAGGGAAGAAAGAUGAGGCUGAUUAUAAACGACUGCAGACCUUUCCUCUGGUCAGGCACUCGGACAUGCCAGAGGAGAUGCGAGUGGAGACCAUGGAGCUGUGUGUCACGGCCUGUGAGAAAUUCUCCAACAACAACGAGAGCGCCGCCAAGAUGAUCAAAGAGACGAUGGACAAGAAGUUCGGCUCCUCCUGGCACGUGGUGAUCGGCGAAGGCUUCGGCUUUGAGAUCACACAUGAGUCUCUCGAGGUUGGAGUGAAGGCAGGCCCAGUAUCCUCAGGCUGUGCUGGGUCCCAGGAACUCGGGGAAGCUUCUGGCCGGACCGCAAGGCUGCCGGAAACCCUGUGCUCAGGCAUGGCCCCGCGCGCCUGGGCCCUGCCCCCUCCCCGUUCCGUCACGGGUGCGGACUGAGCGCAGUUGGAUGGGGCCCCGUGGACGCUGACUGAGACACCCUUGGUGGCCAGACUGAGCCACUAUAAAGACGUUUUCGGUCUCACAUAAUGUAGUUCAGUUCAAAGAUGUUUAUUCAGCAGCACUGAGUGCCAGGCCCCGGGAGUGGGGAUGCAAAGAUGGAGAAACCACAGACCCUGCCCUCAGUGAGCUCACAGUCUAUCGCAGAACACUUGAACCCGAUUGUUUCAGCGGGAUGUGAAAAGUGGUGUAAUAAGAGAGGACAGGACGUGGUUGGGUGGAAGGAGGUUCCAUGCCCAGCCCAGAGAGUGAGGGGGAGCCUCCGGCGGGGGGGGGAGCCCUGAAAGCCAGUUCUUGAAGGGAGAGUGGGAUUUUCCCCAGGGAGGAGAUGCUCCAGGCCAAGGAACGGUGGGGAUGAACGCACAGAGGCGGAAAUGGCUUGAGGAGGAGGGGCUGCCCUGCAGGCCUGAGAAGCCCCUUCAGCUCAGGGGCUGGCUCCGGAAUCUGAGUCUCACACCCCAAAAUGCCGGGUCUGGGCAGAGCUGGGGCAGCCUGUUCUCCCCAGCCCACUGUCCCUGCACUCACGGGGCCUCCUGUGAUGGCCCACCUAGGACAUUCAGACCUGGCAGUCCUGGCCCCUGGCCCGGUCACAGCCUCCUGAGGCUGAGAGUCCAGUUGUAAUGGGAUCUGUCAGCAGCUCUGCUGGACGGCAUCCUGUCAGUCAGCUAAGCUCUGCCCAGAGACCCGAGCGGCUGAGCUGGGAGGAGAGCAUCGUUGGCCCACCCGAGAGCCUCACAAGUGCUUGCUGGGUUGCUGCUGUGUGUGGUGGGGUCCCGAGCUCAGUGCGAUGGGGAAGAAAAGGAGAAGUCAGGGUCACUGCCCCAAGGCUGACCACCUGGAUCUAACUGUGGAGCGGGUCCUGGCCCUCUGGGACUUGGGGGGCGCGGGGGGCAGCUCCUUGACCUCAGACCUGCGCUGGCCCGAGCCCUGUGCCGCGCUGGGUGCUGCCGGGAGAUUGGUGAGGUGUGCAGAUGGGAGUACAAGGAGAGGGGGUGCCGAGGCCUGGAAUAGCUGUGGUUUAGUAACUGCCGGCUUUGCGGCUGUUCUCUCCUUUAAUCUGCCACACGUGGGUGCCAAAAAGUAAGACAGGCUCAGCCCGCAUCCCAGGCGGCGGGGUGGCAGUGGGGAAUGUGGGCUCUGAGGUCCACAGACCCGGCUCCGGCCCAGCCCUGCUCUUGCUAACCUCUCUGUGCCUCAGUGACUUUGUCUAUAAAAUGGGGAUAAAAGGAACCAGCUCCUGAGGUUGCUGGGAGUCUCAGGCCUGCACCUGGCCCUGUGGUGCACACUGUGUGUGCUUGGGCGUGCUGCUCUCUUCCCGGCUGGAGAUGGGGUGCUGACACCCAGCUCCCCCAGGACGGGGUGGAAAUUCAGCAAGAUUUUACAAGCCGGCACUGUACUGAGUGCCGGCCCCAGCAGGCACUCAGUACAGUGGUGCCCCUUCUGUCUGCUGCGGCGGGCCCGUCCUCGCAGAGGGCCGUGCACCCACUGUCGAGAUUGGGCCGGGUAACCCGGGGCCGUCGCCGCUGUUUCCCAGACACUGCUUCUCUUGACCUCAGUGGCUUUCCUUCCCUCUGCUCCCUGAGACCUGUGCCAGCCGUGGUCACCCUGACCUUCCUCCCAGGCCCCUCCCUGCUCGUGGCCAGUGAUUCAACAAGCAUUUGCUGACAGGGGCUGCAACAGGAGAGGGUCGUGACGAUGCGGAAUGCGUCGGAACACACUGGCCUUGGCAGUGGCUGGCAGUCCAUUGAGGGAGGCAGACCCAGGAGCAGAAAAGCAGGAUGCCUUUAAGUAAUCUGCUAGUGGGGAGGGAGGGUGGGGUUCAGGGGAAUGCGGGGUUCGGGGAAAGGAGAAGCUCUCACUGCCCAGAGCACUGGGGGAGGUGUCACAGAGGAGGUGGCAUUGAACUAGGCCGUGGCAUUUCCAGGGGAGGGAUGAGACGGGGGAACGCCUGGGGAAGGCACCCUCGGGUGAGGGGGCAGGGGCAUGUGCAGAACAACGGGGGCCUGAGGAAGCUGGUGAGAUGGAUGUGGAGGGCAGUGGAGGAUUUGGGGGUGCAGCUCCCAAGAGGGCGGAGGGAGGAGGAACGGGAUGAAGACGAGGGUUUUUUUUUUUUGCGAUACGUGGGCCUCUCACUGCUGUGGCCUC